AUGGAGGCCCUGCCGGCCGACGAAGAUGCUCCUCAGACUGGCCCUGACGAGCCACCUUUACUGGCGAAACCGACAGCGCAAGCCUUGCCGGAGAAAGCAUCAGAUGAUCCCCGGUCUGGGCUCGAUUUUCUUAGAGCUACCGGUGCUCCGGUGACACCAGAACCUCCUAGGUCUACGGUUCAUGACUCUGCUGCUAAAGUAACCCCUACUCCUUCUGAUUCUCCACAUCCUGUCGCCUUCACUCUACCCCCGGCUGUUGCUUCUUGCAGCAAAGAUCCCCCACCGCCAUCGCCUAGCCCCACUCCAAGCACGGUGCGUGUGUCUGUUGGCCCGCCGUCGGCUUCUUCCACUCCCAAGCGAGCGCGAAAUGGGAAGUGGGUGCAGAGUACUCUGGUCGUCGGAGGCCGCCGUAUUCCACCGCCUGACAAUGACAAGCCGGCAGAUCCUCCACCGAAAGAAGCUGAGCAACCGGAGGAAGUUGACAUCCCUGUGCGCGCGGAUACCGGCUCGCCCGCACUCACCAAGAUGCAGCUGCGAGAGCAGGUGUACCUUGAGGCGAGUAUUAACUACGAGACGAAGUGGUCGCAACACUUUUCCUGGCUGGUGUUUGGGAAGACCAAGGACGGUUUUCCAUACGUGAAGUGCUCCAUCUGCAUGUCGUACGCGAAGGGGAACACGAGGUACGCCAUGCAAGGUGACGACGGUGGCCGUGACUUGCAGACGCAGUCGUUCAGGGCGCACGAGCAUACGGACGCACACAAGGCGGCGGUGGAUCGGCAGUUGAAGCUUGCGGCGGGCAUCCGCGAGGGCCAGCAGGCGAUUUUUGACUUCAUCAACUCCGACGUCGAGGGGCGGCGCGCGAUUCGUCUCAUGCGUGAGGCGUUGGCUGUGAAGGACGCCGCUGAGUCAAACGAGGACCUUGGCAUGGUCGACAAGGUGGUGCGCACAGUGGCGACGCUUCUCGGAAACUCAAGCGUGUGGAGUCAGCGCUUCAAGUACCUUCAGCGAGUGAUCUACCAGACAAACCUCGAGGUCCAAGGAAUCCACACGGUUCGAUGGCUGUCACGAGGUGAUGCGGUGCGCAGGCUGUGCAAGGUCCUCGGCGCUUGCAUCGUGCUGCUCUGGGAGCACAACCACAAGGCCUACGAGAUUGUGACGUGCUACAAGUUCCAGUUCUGUUUGUUUUUCCUGGCCGACAUUCUGGCCGACAUGAACGACCUCAACCGCUGCUUCCAGAGGCGUGAGAUUUCGAAGACUAUUGAGUCCACCACGGGUGACCUGACGGAGCGCUACUUGAUGACAAACAAACCGUUCGGGGGCGAGGGGAAGAGCUGGCUGGUAAACUUCCUCAAGGUCCACAAGGAGGGUGGAGGCAAGCAGGUCCGGGUUCGAGGCGUGGACGGAGAGGGAUGCCCAAUCAACCACCUCUACACCAUGCAUGAGAGGAAGCUGAAGGGCCACAAGCAUGGAAGCACCUACGCAGACUGCGUGAAGCUGUGCCGCCAAUUUGCCCGCGACUGCGUGGACAACCUUAACGAACGGCGGGAUGACCUUGGGAAGCUGGGCCCGACGAAGCUGUUCCGGGCGGGGAAGUGGCUGAAGAUCAAGGCCCAGCGAGAGAAGAAGUGCAAGGAGUGGCUGCACGGAUGCAGCAGGCUCUUCCGCCACAAGCUGCCAGGAUUCGACCUCAAAGCAGCAGAGAGGGAGCUCCCGACAUUCUGCGCGAUCAUGGAGUCACACCAUGAGAUGGAGAGCUUCGCCCAGGGCCUUAACAACUUUCUUGGGAGCCUGGCCGUGGCAGAGAGGGAGAGGAAGGGGAAGCAGAAGGAGGGUGAAGCUGUGGCUGCUGGAACUGCGGGGGAGAACGAGGACGAGGGGGAGGAGGAGGAGGAGGAGGAGGACGAUGAAGUGGAACAGGACUUGGGCGACGAUCAGGAGGUCGUGGAAGAGGAGGACAACCCUUUCCUGUCAGACGAUGAGGACGUAGAGGAGGUGUACUUCAUUGACAAACCCGUGCACUAG